AUGCUGUUUCUUACAUUAUCAUCAUUGUUGGUCGCUUCUGUGAGCGCAUUAAGCGCCUCGAGCAUCGAUUCGUGUCCAACCCUAGAACCAAGAUCGCAGGCACCAACGAACAUAUCGGAUUUGAGACCAGAUGACAUCAAGGUGGUUGCUGCAAUGGGUGAUAGCAUCAUGGCAGGUGCCCUCAUGAUGGGUACUGAUGGACCUCCAAUUAUCGGUGCUUUGACCGAAUACCGUGGUGAAAGCUAUGCCAUCGGUGGCAAUCAAGGUGCCACCACGAUUGCAAAGUUUGUACAGCGUUAUAGUCCAACCGUCAAAGGUGCAUCCAUUGGUCAACGUAUUGGCUCAACAUGUGGCAAUGACCCUGACUGCAGCAGCACUACCAUCUAUCGCCCAUUACGUGACAGGCUUAAUGGUGCUAUCAGUGGUGCUGUCGCACGCAACCUCGAUAGAGAACUCGAUUACUUGAUCCCACGAAUGAAGGACAUGCUCGGCUCCAACUUCGAGAAUUAUUGGAAGCUUCUCACAAUCCAGAUUGGAAGCAACGAUCAAUGCGCUUCUUGUGCUCAAGGUGAUGUAUCGGAUUACAGUGUGGAAAAGUACGGAGAGUAUCUCUCUGCUGCUGUUGAUCGCAUCAAGCAAAAUGUUCCUCGCGUCAUUGUCAAUAUCUUGGGCGUAUUCAAUGUAUCCCAAGUUUAUACCCUUACGCAAAGCGUACAGGACCAACAAAAUAGUACACUUCUCAAUCGGCAAAUGUGCGGCUGUUUCCAAGGCGACGAUACCAAUAGGACACACAUGGAUACGCUUGUCAAUGGUUACAAUGAUGAGCUCAUGGAAAUCUAUAACAAGUACAGCUCUGAAAGCGACCCUAACUUUGCAGUAUUGUAUCAACCAGCCAACAUUAACAUUCUCGGCUUCCCCAUCGAAGCACUAAACAACAUUGAUUACUUCCAUCCCUCGAAGAUCACUCAUCAAUGGAUUGCCAAGAAAUUGUGGGGUGACCUCUUUAUCCCUCGGGCAAAUAAGACCGGUACCUGGGAAUUCGACGAAAACCAAAGCAUUUAUUGUCCUACCGAGGAUGACAGAAUCAGACUUGACUAA